UUUUCCUUGGUAUGGCAUUUACUGCCCAAACAUUAGGUUCUUGUGCAUUUCCAUGCAGUAAGCAGAAUCGGGUUUACCAUUUUACCGUUAUAGGAACUGAUACUAGCUAUCACUCAACAGUUUUCAGUCCACCUGGGAACUUAACGCAAAUAUUAACACUAGUAAAUGGCACGGUAGAAGCUACUUUCGAAUGUGUGCACAGAAGUGGAGAAUUUUAUGUUAUUGGGUUCUUCAAUGGUUCCAACUGGUUGUACAAAUGUAUUCAAGACACAUUUCAUGGAACUAAUAGAGAUGCAAUUUUCUAUCUUUCAAAUAACUGGGCCCCAUACGCCAAACUGCCAACCAUUUGUGACGUGUGCAUUGGUAUUGAUUAUGUAGAAAAGGAGAGUCACCUUGGAAUCGAUGUUAAAUGUAAUUUACCAACGGUAUGUCCCGUAACACGACCAGGACAGAUUCAGUGCAAGGCAUGUGAUAAUGAAGACGAUGGACUUUGUUGUUCUUAA